CAUCUAUAAAUAGCCUUUGUUCAGUCCAUACAUUCUUAAGUCGUGGUUCUAGGAUAUAUUCAACUGUAUACCUGGCUAUGGCAAAGUGUAGAGUUCUUAACAUUGUUUUCUUUCUGUUAUUGGGUAUAGGAAUAUGUGCAGCCGCAAGAACCCUCAUCAAUCUUGAUGUUGGUGUUGGAGCCAAGGUUGGCGUCUAUGCUGGUGGCGGUGGAGGAGGUUCCGGUAGAGGUGGAGCUGUAGCCGGUGACCAUGGUGGUUAUGCUGGAGGAACUGGUGCUGGUGAAGGUGGUGGCAGCGGAUAUGGCGCUGGAGGGGCGCCAGGAGGCGGAUAUGGUGGUGGAGGCGGUGGAGGUAGUGGUGGUGGUGGUGGAGCUACGACAGGUGGAGCACGUGGUGGUGGAUAUGGUGGAGGUGAAGGAGCAGGUGGUGGUAGUGGCUACGGAGCUGGUGGUGCAUCAGGCGGUGGAUAUGGAGGGGGAGGCGGCCACGGAGGUGGUGGUGGAGGUGGUUCUGCAGGGGAAGCUGGAGGAGCUGAAGGAGCUGGUGGCGGAUACGGAAGCGGUGAAGGUGCCGGUGCCGGUGCAGGGGGAGCACAUGGAGGAGGAUCCGGUGGAGGCGGUGGAGGUGGAGCCGGCGGAGGAGGAGCCUAUGCUGGUGGGGGUGGACAUGCAGGUGGAUAUGGUGGGGGUGAAGGAGGUGGUGAAGGGGGUGGACAUGGUGGUGGCUAUGCUCCUUGAGAGCUAAUUCUCUUCAGUAACUGCAUACACUAAAGGAUUUCCUCUUCUUAUCUAAUAUUAUUAAAAAUAAUGUAUCAAAAAUUCAAACUGCGUGGUAAGAAGAGAUCUAAUUUAUGAACGCAAAACUGUUCAGCAAAGAAAAGUGCACUUAAUCUACGUGUACUCUUGGUUCUUUUAAAAAUUAACGUAUGAAAGAUUUUUAUAUAUAUAGAUGUCAGUGCAGUUUGACGCA